ACCAAAGUGGCAAAACACAACAACCAGUCAAAUAUUCAAAGGCUAUAUGGCCUCUCUUCAUCGUUCUUACCCACACCAGAUCGGUUCAACUCGAUACCACCCUACAAUCUCUCCCAUCUUACAAAAGCAGUCUCGAAGUUCCUUGCGUUCGAUCCCUAAAACUCGCUUUCUAUUUAGAGGUUCUAUCCAAGCAAUUUCAAGUUCAAAUAGUAAUCGAAAUGAUGUCGAUCAUGAUCAACGCUCAGUAGACAGAUUCAAACUGGUAAGGAGAAACUUGCUAAUCAGUGCGCUAGGAUCAAAGAUGAGCGAAAUACCCCCGGCUUUCGGUGAUUUAGAAAUAUUUGCUGCAGCCGAGUCCACGUCCAAGAAGCAAGUAGACCUUACUGAGUUCCCGAUCACUUUGGACUCGGUGAUCAGCGUCACGGUGCCGAGGCCAAAGAAGUGCCGGACAAAGGAGGAAAAGGAAGAGGAAGAGGAGGUGUUGGCGAUUCAAGGGAUAGAGUUUGUGGCUGAUGAGUUGGUGAAGUUCGACGUGCAUGUCAACGAUGACGAAGACGAUCUGAGUCGACCCGAUAACUCGGAAUUUGCUGGGAGCUUCGUGUAUUUGCCGCAUCGGAGGAAGACCGUGACGACGAGCAUGAGGCUUGGGAUAACAGACUUGUUGGACGAUAUGGGCGCUGACGGUGAUGACAGUAUCAAGGUGACUUUAGUGCCAAAGCAUGUGAAACGACCUGUCACUAUUGGGAAGAUCAAGAUCGAGUUUCUCAAAUAGUUGGAGUCUAUCCCUAUGUUUGAGCCGUUGAGGUGCUUGAUUUGAGUCUUACUUUCCAAAUAAUUGAUGUAAUAGCAAGCAUAUAACUCAAUCAGUUAGUUUUCUGAAACAAUCGGAUCCAGUUGUAGGUUCUCAGAUUUCUUGUUGGUCUCUUGAUGUUUAUAGGAAACUGGAAACCCCUGUUGCUCUUAAUUUUCCCAUGUUGUAACUUGUAAUUCAUGAUAUUAGAAAGAUUCACAGUUAUGAUCGAAAUCUUAUAUUCAUAUG